GGUAGCGUAGUUCCUGGCCCGUUCACACCCGCACACGCUCUUGUCACGUCAUCGCCUCACAUUUCCCCCACACAGCGCUAAUGACUUUCUCGUUAAUUGCUGUCCGCCGCCCCGGUGUACGGUGCACCGGGGUCCGUUAUUUGCAUCUGGUCCGUCGUGGGCGCCGGUGGGGAGAUGGUCAUGGAGGAGGGGCGACCGGGUCCCUCAAAACCCGCCGGUGACAGGCGGCCCCAGCAGCGGGAGAAGAAGGACAAGCGGCAGGACAAGCAACAGACCUGCGAGGGUUUCAGUAUUAAAGCCAUGAUGAAAAACAGCGUGGUAAGAGGGCCCCCACCUGCAGGAUCAGUAAAACAAAGACCAGCAAAACACACAGCUUUUCGCAAGUUUUAUGACAGAGGAGAUUUUCCAAUUGCUGUUCAACAUGAGUGUGCAGGAAACAAAAUCGCCUGGAAGGUAGAGAUUGAAGAUCUGGACUAUCAUUACUUUCUGCCUUUGUUCUUUGAUGGGCUUUGUGAAACGGAAUUUCCAUAUGAGUUUUUUGCUCGUCAAGGAGUCCAUGACCUGUUGGAGCAUGGUGGAAGCAAGAUUCUUCCUGUUGUUCCUCAGCUCAUUAUCCCAAUAAAAAAUGCACUGAACCUUCGUAACCGACAGGUCCUCUGCACCACGCUGAAAGUCAUCCAGCACCUGGUGGUGUCAGCUGAAAUGGUGGGGGAGGCCUUGGUGCCCUAUUAUCGGCAAAUUCUCCCAGUCCUAAGCAUCUUUAAGCACAUGAAUGGGUGCUGCUCCAGCAAUGCCAGCAAUGAAGGGAAUGUUGCAUAGGCUGGCUCUCCAUGGCGUCUCCCCAAAGCCAGCCGAGAUGUGUGACAAAACAUCUUAUGACCUCUCUGCACUGAACUUCCCACUGCUAUGUGACACUGAAAGAGCAACAGUGGCAGAUCUUAUGAAAGAGCUAUGUAGUCAAGGUUUGACUGUUCUGUUAUCAGGUAAUUCAAACCUUGUAGGUGUUUAAGUCAAGCUGGGUGGAGCAGAGGAAUGACAAACAUCUAUCAUCCAGGUGUUUUGUAAGUGGAUAUCUUCUAGGUUUUUGCAGUGGGUUCUUUUAGGUUUUGGUAGCACCAAAUACUGUUUUUACUGACCAAAAGCCUCAGCAUUACAUGUUCCAUUUAACAAAAACAUGAGUUCUUAGAAGAUUCUCGGAAGAAGAACCUUUUAUUUGAGCAGUCUGAAACUUCUCCACUCUGCCCUCCUGUGACCUGGGAGGACACCAGUCCUCCUGAUCAUACGUGCUCAUUUUGAACCUGCACUUUUGGCAGGGAGAAGUGAGAACAGCACAGCUCCAUGGACUGGGACAAGAGAGGAGCCAAAGGUCACCCCAGCACAGGCUGGUGAUCCUUCCCAUUUGUCACAUAGGAUAGCUGGUAACAGGGGCUACCAGCAGCCACAGCCAGCAGUGUCCUGAGGUCUAUGCAACAGUCCCUGCCAGCACUGAGACUCCUCAGAGGUAACCCUGCCCGUAGGUUCAUGACCCUGACAAGCUCUGUGAUUAAGGUGAAUUAUGUGUAUCAUAAAAUAGAAAGUGUGAAGUAUGAUCUACAUUUUAAAAACCUGUUUCCACUGGUGUUUGCACAUUCAUGUCACAGAAUCACAGAACAAACUAGGCUGGAAAAGACCUUUGAGAUAAUGGAGUCCAACCUAUGAAUGUCACCUUGUCGAUUAGACCAUGGCACUGAGUGUCACAUCCUGUCUUCAUUUAAACACCUCCAGGGCUGAUGGCUCCACCAGCCUCCCCAGGCAGCCCAUUCUAAUGCCUAAUCAAUCUAUCUGUUAGGAGUUUUUUCCUAAUGUCCAGACUACUACCAUGUGGGAGUACUGGCACACUGCUGCAGUUAGCUUCAUUAGCUUAAUUUAAUUUAAAAUGGAGAUUCUAGUAGCCUUAUUUUUGUAGUCUCGGGUGGAACGGGCAAGGAAAUAUGAGAGACCACAUAAUAGGUACAUCCUGUUGCAGUCUAUUUGCUAUUGUUUAUAACCCAUUUGUUUCCCAUUCUAUUUCAUGAUAUCAAAUAAGCUCUUCACCUUAAAUUUAAAGGGUCUUUAUUCACCUUGUUUUCAUAAAAUGGCAGCAAGAAGUAUCUAAUAAAGAUAGGCACACAUAAGACAUUUUCAGUGAAAUAUUGUAUGCACAAUUACUUGUUCUCUAUUUGAUUCUGUUUUUAUACAUAUUAUGUACCAUAUUU